AAUACCUUUACAUAUCUCAACAGAACUCACAAAUCAAAAUCAUCUUGACCCCGGGCAUUGCAAUAAACAGUGCCUAGUGGGUUAACAUUCAUUUUGAUCAAUUGUCUGAAAAAAAACAAAUACAAAAAUAAAAUAAUAAAUUGCAGGGAUGGCAGGAGGAGCCAUUGAAACCCAAAGCCAUGCUAGCAAGAAGAAGUUCGCCAUUCUUGGUGUAUCUUCAAUCUUACUUAUUGCCAUGGUAGCUGCAGUGGCUGUUGGUGUAAAUGACGCCGGCCAAGUUGAAUCGGAAGGUGAUAACCAAAUUACAAAAUCACAAAAAAACGUUAAAGUGCUUUGUGGAACAACAGAGUACAAACAAACAUGUGAAAAGAGUCUUGCAAAAACAGGAAACAAAGACAUGAAGGAAUUGAUCAAACAAGCAUUCAAUGCAACAGCUGAAGAACUCGUGAAACAAAUACACAACUCAACACUCUACAAGGAAUUGGCUACCAAUGACAUGACAAAGCAAGCUAUGGAUAUUUGCAAAGAAGUCCUUGGUUAUGCAGUUGAUGAUGUUCAUCAAUCUAUUCACUCAUUGGAUAAAUUUGAUCUUAACAAAAUUGAUGAGAUUGCUUAUGAUCUUAAAGUUUGGCUCUCAGGUACACUUGCCAAUCAACAAACAUGUUUAGAUGGAUUUGAGAACACAACUACCCAUGCAGGACAAACCAUGGCUAAGGUUCUUAACGCUUCUUUGGAGCUAAGUAACAAUGCUUUGGAUAUAAUCAAUGGUCUUUCAGGAUUUGUGAAAGAUCUUAACUUGAGCUCUUUUGCAAGUGCUUUGAAUAAUAAUAGGAAGCUUUUGUCUGAAGAUGGUUUACCAUCAUGGGUUUCUCAAAGUCAAAGGAAACUUCUUGCGGCUCCUCAGAACGUUAAGCCUAACGUUGUUGUUGCACAAGAUGGUAGUGGUCAAUUUAAGACUUUGACUGAGGCACUUGCAACUGUUCCCAAGAAGAACAAAGUUCCUUUUGUUAUUCAUGUUAAGGCUGGUAUCUAUAAGGAGUAUGUUGCUCUGGAUAACCAUAGGGACCAUGUUACUAUUAUUGGUGAUGGUCCCAAAAAGACCAUAUUUACUGGUAGCAAAAGCUAUGGUGAUGGUGUGCAGACUUACAAUACCGCAACAUUCAGUGUGAACUCUGCCCAUUUCACGGCCUUUAACGUCGGAUUCGAGAACUCAGCCGGUGCCGCAAAGCAUCAAGCAGUGGCCCUCCGUGUAACAGCAGACAAAGCAUUGUUCUACAACUGUGAAAUGAACGGUUACCAAGAUACACUCUACACACAAUCCAAAAGACAAUUCUACCGCGACUGCACCAUUACCGGAACAAUCGACUUUGUCUUUGGUGAUGCAGUUGGAGUUUUCCAAAACUGCAAACUCAUCGUUAGAAAACCAAUGGCAACUCAACAAUGCAUGGUGACAGCAGGAGGAAGAACCAAAGUUGACAGUGUAUCCGCCCUUGUUUUCCAAAACUGCCAUUUCACCGGGGAACCCGAAGUUCUUACCAUGCAACCCAAGAUAGCUUAUUUGGGAAGACCAUGGAGAAACUUCUCCAAGGUUGUUAUCGUGGAUUCUCUCAUUGAUGGUCUCUUUGUACCAGAGGGUUACAUGCCAUGGAUGGGAAAUCUUUUCAAGGAGACAUGCACUUAUUUGGAAUACAACAACAAGGGUGCUGGUGCUGCCACUAAUCUUAGAGUGAAAUGGCCAGGUGUUAAAACCAUCUCUGCCGGUGAAGCUGCUAAAUACUAUCCAGGAAAGUUUUACGAAAUUGCUAACGCAACUGCUCGUGAUGAUUGGAUUACUGAAUCUGGAAUUCCCUAUGCAAUGGGAGCACAGCCAGCUGGACCCCUUCCAAGAGCUGCUUAAUUAAUUUAAAUCAAAAUCAAUGUUACCUCUUUUUAUAUAUUUAUGGAGCCAUCCCUGCAUGCAUGCAUGCUGAAUGCAAACCAUUUUGACAUUUUAUAUGUAAUAAUAAUGUUUCUAAUCAAUGAAAGUGAUCGUACAGUA